AUGGUGGAUGAGAUGGAUGGUCGACUCCUCGACGAUGAAACACCUCAGUUCAAGCCGCCUUUGCCGAAUUUACGAGCCCUCAUGAAUAGGGGUGCUUAUUUUCCAAAUACGUAUAGCAAUUCCCCGUUGUGUGUUCCUGCGAGAACAUCGAUGGUGACUGGACGGUACAACUCUGAUAUUAAGAUUUGGGACAACUUCGUGGGCAUCGCGAAUGUCAAUGGGGACGACACCCAGAUAGAUCAAAGAUGCCUUGCUGCAUACUCCCGCCGGGAAUGUCUUGAGUUCGCAGCUGUGCAAAAAAUCAACGGCACGUUCUUCGAUGUUCUUGCUGACCAGGGUUACAACCUGACCCUUUGGGGUAAAGUCCAUGCCGGCGGCGGUGUGGAACGCUUUAGCCGACACAUUUUUAAUGACCCGUUCACGGGAACAGGACUAGUCCGUGAGUCUGCUAAGGCCUGGACACGUUCCACAGGCGUGUCCUCCAAGUUGCAGGACCCGACAGAUUGGCUCCAAAGACCGAUUGAUGUUCCGAAGCCGGCAGAAAACUUCUUCGAUUAUCCAACCGCAGAGGAGUGUACGCGCUUGUUGGAGCAAGGGCUCUUCAAGUCAUCUACACCGCAGUUUCUAUACUGUUCAUUCGCAGUGCCGCAUCCGCCGUAUCAGACCAACAGUACAUACUGGAAUGCAGUUGGACCACUUGGAAAGCAUGCCAUACCUCCAUUGGUGCCACGGAAUAAGUUGCAUCCCGCGGAUGAGUAUGCUGUCAAGUCUAAGCAGUUCUGGAAUUUGGACAACUGCUCGUCGGAGCACAUCGAGCAUUUCCGGCGUGUCUACUUUGCGAUGUGUGUCGAAGCAGAUCACCUCGUAGGAAGGAUCUUGAGCGCUUUCUGGAAGAAUGUGAACCCCGACAGUGCUUACGUUAUCUUCGUGUCUGACCAUGGCGAGCUGAACCUCGAGCAUCGUCAGUGGCAGAAGAGCUCCAUGAAGGAGGCCUCGGCACGCAUCCCCCUGAUCGUUUCCGGGCCUGGCAUGCCGAAAGGACGGAGAAUUCAGUCUCUUGCCUCCUUGAACGACAUAUACCCAACGCUCAUCGACAUGGCCGGUGCACGCUCGCGUGUCCCAGCAGACAAACUUGCCGGAGAGUCUGUGCUGCCAAUUGCCCAUUGGGACCAGCGCAAGAAGGGUUAUGUGGUUUCUGAAUACUAUGACACAUUUUCGAGGACCGGGACCUUCAUGGUAAGACACGGCCAGAAGAAGCUAAUCGUGCACGCUCCCUUGGAAAGUGGGCUUCGCUGGCCCGCGCAGCUCUUUAACAUUGCCGAGGAUCCAUGGGAGCUUACGGAUCUGGCGAACCAGUUUCCGUCGGAGGUGACCCGCUUGGAAGCGCUGCUUCACAAGGAGUUCGAUGUUGAAGCAGUGGACAAGCAGAAAAAAGAAUAUGAUCAUCUGAUGUUCGUGAGCUAUGUCUACCGCAGAUAUUCCGGCCCCGCUGGGUGUCAGAAAGCGAUGAAUGUUGCAUUUCCGGGUUUCGAUGAUGAAGAUGCUAAGCUUGUUGAGGCAUGGCUUGGGAAGCCUUGCUGCAAAGUGCAGGCAGGUCGAGUUCAGCGCAAGGCCAAGUACCACAAGUUGGCUUGCCCGUCAAAGAUGGGCGACAACGUGCGAUUCCCAUAG